AUGGAGUCCCACCGCCACAGCAGAGUUUCACUCCGAAAACGAAAACGAAAACGAUCACGAUCACCGCCAAUUGUCUUCCCGUCGACAUGCGUGAUAUGCGGCCACCGCACUGCCCACGGCUCCCCACCUCCUCCUGCCACCGAGAACCUCGGCCCUGCCAUGGCUAGGGAGGCCAUGAUGUACAUGCCAGUUCCGAAGCCUCAAACGGUGGAUCCGCCUUCCUCUCGCACUUUUCAAGCCCCGAGCACGGCAAUCCAGGACCAAAUGCACGUCAAUCGCUUCCACUCCUCCGCCACUUGCAAGAACUUCAUCGGCUUCGUUGUCGCCCUCUCCGAGUCUGUUCGCUCCCUCAAGGUCUCGGAUCCAUGCCGCGUGUCUCCCGCUAUCUCCACCGUGGUUUCAACCCUCCAAACUUUGAUUUCCUUCGUCGAUGAGAUCCCUCCCGCUCCGGCGCCCCAAUCCUCCCGAUGCGGCAACGUAGCUUACCGGACUUGGCACGAGCGAAUGCGUUCCAACGCCGAGUCUUACAUGAUUCAAUUCCUUCCUCCAAACCUCCAUCCUUACACGGUCGAGCUUGUUCCCUACUUCACUGAUAGUUUCGGCAAUGCUGAUCGAAUCGACUACGGAACUGGCCACGAAACACAUUUUGCUGCCUGGCUUUACUGUUUAGCAAGAUUAGGAGUUGUGAAAGAAGUGGAUUACCAAGCUCUUGUAACCAAGGUUUUUGUGAAGUACUUGGAGUUGAUGAGGAAAUUGCAAUUGACCUAUAGUCUUGAACCUGCGGCUUCCCAUGGGGUCUGGGGACUAGAUGACUAUCACAUCUUGCCAUUUAUUUUUGGCUCAUCGCAGCUGAUUGGUCACAAGUACAUCAAGCCAAAAUCAAUUCGUAAUGAAGAUAUCGUGCAGAACUUUUCGAAUGAGUACCUCUACUUCUCGUGCGUUGCUUUUACAAAGGAGGUGAAGAAGGGGUUGUUGGCAAAACAUUCUCCUAUAUUGUAUGAUACAAGUCAGGUGCCAAAUUGGGAUACGGUUAAUAGUGGUUUGCUUAAGAUGUAUAAAGUGGAAGUCUUGCAACAGGUUCCCAUCAUGCAGCAUUUCCUUUUUGGCUCCUUAAUUAGAUGGUGUGUUUCUUAUCCUCUUCAUGGAAUAUUAAGGGAAAUAACGUGGCAUCUGGAAGUGGAUUAA